CAGAAGUACUUAAUUGCACUCUUAUUUUUUUUCUCUAUUUAUUGCCUUUGAACUCUUAACUCCGAUAAUCUACACUGAGUUCCAUCAGUUCAUCAAAGCAGUUGGAUCGAUUUGCCAGUAUAAGGAUUCCAGGAAGUAAAAAAGAAAGACCUCCUCUGACACAUAUGAAGCAGUCACAUUCUACAGACUGGUCAUCCACACCUAUGGAUGGGGAGGAUUUUGCUCCAAAACCCUUGUCGGAAAGAGAAGUCAUAGCAUUGUUUGAAAAAAUGAUGGAAGAUAUGAAUUUAAAUGAAGACAAGAAGAUGCCACUGAGAGAAAAGGAUUUUAAUACCAAAAAAGAAAUGGUGAUGCAAUAUAUUAGCACUGCUUCGAAGUCUGGAAGUCUCAAGAACAGUCGGAAGAUUUCACCCCAAGAGUUUAUUCAGGAAUUAAAAUCUGGGUCAAUAGAUGAAAGACUAGUCACUUGCCUAGAAUCUCUCCGUGUGUCCUUGACCAGUAAUCCUGUCAGCUGGGUUGAAAACUUUGGCCAAGAAGGUUUGGGGCUGCUGUUGGAUGUUUUAGAAAGAUUAGUUGAGACAAAAAACCAGGACAAAGUUGUGAAAAGGAGUCAGCAUAAGGUUAUACAGUGUUUGAGAGCCUUCAUGAAUAAUAAGUAUGGACUGGAAAGAAUUUUGGGAGAAGAGAGGAGCCUUUUGUUACUGAUAAAAGCAAUUGAUCCCAAGAAAACUAACAUGAUGACGGAUAUAGUUAAACUCCUUUCUGCAAUGUGCAUCGUUGGAGAAGAAAACAUCCUUGAAAAAAUUUUGGAAGCUAUAACAGCAGCAGCAGAGGAAAGAAAUGUUGAUAGAUUCUCUCCUAUUGUAGAAGGUCUUCAGGAUAACUCAGUUCAGCUGCAAGUAGCUUGCAUGCAGCUCAUCAAUGCUCUCGUUACAUCUCCUGACGACUUGGAUUUUAGGCUUCACAUCAGAAAUGAAUUUAUGCGCAGUGGAUUGAAAGAGAUACUGCCACAAUUGAACUGUAUAAAGAAUGAAGCACUAGAUAUUCAGCUGAAAGUGUUCAAUGAGCAUAAGGAAGAAGACAUGAUGGAAUUCUCUCAUCGUUUAGAAGAUAUUAGAUCUGAACUAGAUGAAGUAAAUGAUGUUUACAACAUGGUGUGGAACACAGUUAAGGACACUAGUGCUGAAGGAUAUUUUCUUUCUAUUCUGCAGCAUCUUUUGAUGAUAAGAAAUGAUUAUUUUAUACGUCCACAGUAUUUCAAAUUAAUUGAAGAAUGUGUGUCCCAGAUAGUGUUGCAUCGAAGUGGAACGGACCCAGAUUUCACAUAUCGUAAAAGAUUAGAUAUAAAUUUCAGUCACUUAGUAGAUAUUUGUGUAGAUAAAGCAAGAUUAGAAGAAUGUGAAGAGAGGGCUUCUGAACUUUCCAGAAAAUUUGAAAAAGAUUUCGUAGUUCAUCAGGAGACUCAGGCCCUAUUGCAAAAAAAAGAAGAAAGAAUCAAUGAACUUGAAGCAGAAUUACAUGCUUUUAAAUCACAGUACGGCUCUUUGCCACCUGGUUUUGUACCAUCAACACGUGGAGAUGCAUCUGUUGUUCCACUGGAAGCUGCAGGACCACAUCGACUUCUGCCUCCUCCUCCUCCACUGCUGCCUUCUAAUGGAGCAAUUCCACCACCACCGCCUCCUCCCCCUCCUCUACCACUUCUGAAUGGCUUGGGAAUUCCUAGGGGUUUUGGUGUUGCUCCUCCACCGCCACCUCUACCAGGCCUGCCUGGAGCACAGUGGUCUCCACCUUCAUGUACUUUGCCAUUUGGAAUGAAGCCUAAAAAAGAAUUCAGACCUGAGGUUACCAUGAAAAGACUCAACUGGUCUAAGAUCAGGCCUCAGGAAAUGACAGAAUCCUGUUUUUGGGUUAAGGCAGAAGAGGACAAGUAUGAGAAUGCUGACAUGCUUUGCAAAUUGGAACUUACAUUUUGUUGUCAAAAUAGGGGAUGUGACCUGAAUUCUCCUGAAAUACCAUUAAAAAAAGAGGAGGAGGAUUUUGAAGAAAAGAAAUCCAUUAAAAAACGAAUCAAAGAAUUAAAAGUUUUGGACCCAAAGAUUGCACAGAAUCUGUCAAUUUUCCUUGGCUCUUUCCGAGUGCCUUAUGAAGAUAUCAGAAUGAUGAUAUUGGAAGUAGACGAAACACAGCUGUCGGAGUCCAUGAUUCAGAAUUUAAUAAAGCAUCUUCCUGAACAAGAACAAUUGAACAAAUUGUCCAAGUUCAAGAGCGAGUAUAAAAAUUUGUCUGAGCCGGAGCAGUUUGGAGUUGUGAUGAGCAACGUGAAGAGACUACGGCCACGGCUCAGUGCUAUUCUUUUUAAGCUUCAGUUUGAGGAGCAGGUGAACAACAUCAAACCUGACAUCAUGGCUGUCAGUGCUGCCUGUGAAGAGAUAAAGAAGAGUAAAAGCUUUAGCAAGCUGCUGGAACUAGUAUUGUUAAUGGGAAACUACAUGAAUGCAGGUUCUCGGAAUGCACAGACCUUUGGAUAUAAUCUCAGCUCCCUAUGUAAACUGAAGGACACAAAGUCAGCAGAUCAAAAAACAACAUUGCUCCAUUUUCUUGUAGAAGUGUGUGAAGAAAGCUAUCAAGAUGUCCUGAAUUUUGUUGAGGAUUUUCAGCAUUUAGAUAAAGCUAGUAAAGUCUCAGCAGAAAACCUGGAGAAGAGCCUGAAGCAUAUGGAAAGGCAAUUCCAACAGCUUGAGAAGGAUUUGCAGACUUUUCCAGUUCCUGAAGAUAAGCACGAUAAAUUUGUAGCAAAAAUGUCAAGCUUUCUGGUUCAUGCCAAAGAAGAUUUUCAGAAACUUUCACUGAUGCAUGAGAACAUGGAAAAACUCUACCAGAAUGUGAUGGGAUAUUAUGCCAUUGAUCUAAAGAAAGUUUCAGUGGAGGAAUUUUUAACAGACUUAAACAACUUCAGGACAAUGUUCAUGCAAGCAGUAAAGGAGAAUAUGAGGAGAAGAGAAGCAGAAGAAAAACAGAGGCGUGCUAAAAUAGCUAAAGAGAAAACAGAGAAAGAAAAACAAGAGAGGCAACAAAAGAAAAAGCGUUUGUUAGAAAUGAAAACAGAAGGUGAGGAGACUGGAGUGAUGGAUAGCCUGUUGGAGGCCUUGCAAUCAGGUGCAGCUUUUCGAGACCGAAGGAAAAGGAUACCAAGGUCUAAAGACAUACCACAAAAUAUCAGUCCAACCACACAGCGGCCUGUACUGAAAGCUUGUAACCAUGUCUGUGUAGAGAAUCAGAAAGGACAACUAGAGACGUCAUGUUCACACCACAGUACCAGUUUAAACUUGACAAGAAGCCCAGUCACCAAAGAGGUUACUUAUGAUGUGGAAACAAGUUCUGCAGCAUGGAACAGGGCUGUUGGGAGAAAGGAAACCUGUCAUGGAGAAGGCAAUAAAGAAAAGAAAAUAGAUCGUAUCAGGUCUCCUUCUAAAGGAGAAGCCAUUCCAGAGGUAGAAGCUCUCCUGGCAAGAUUGCGAGCACUGUAGAAUAGUCAUAUAAAGGAUUAAAACGAAGCUUAAAAACAAGCUGUAAUAGCCUACAUCUUUAAAGAUACACUAAUUUUCUACUAUUGACAUGACAUACUUCUGAACUCCUAACUUCCCUGUGGAUGAAUGAUCUACUUAUUGUUUGCAAGACUGUACAAUACGGUAUUAUGGUGUUGCAUAACUGCAAGAUGAUUUUUAUUAUGUGUUUUUACCUACUUAGCAUACAAAAAAUAUCAGAAGAAAACAGAUACUAAAUUAUUCCAAGUCACAAUCCUUUUAUUGGACAAACUGCUGACCACAUGUUUUGAGAGCUUCUCAAAAUAAGAAUAUCUUUUAUUGAUAAAUCAUCAUGCCUGGGAAUAAGGGUCAGUAAUAACGGAAAAAGUAUUCUUAUCUUUUCUACUGCAAUUUCUAUACUUAAGGUGCUUCAGCAA